CGCGAUCUUUACAUCGAUGUCGAAACAAACCUUCAUAUUCUAAUGGGACCGUACAUACCAAGGAUGUUUCACCCGUUCACCCUCGCCGCUUAUCAUCGCGGUUUACAGCGAUGUCGAUCGCAGAACAAAAUAAUUUGAUUUUAUAUGGCGAUCGAGCUAUUGCCGCGAGGUACAUUGCACGCUUAUUGGCGCUCUUCAAAUCACGUGACAUUCACCAGGGUAACGUAUUUAUUUUUCAGUUCGUUUGUCAGCCGUUUGGUUCAUUUCGGUUAUUUCGAUUUGUCUUCAGUUACGUUAUUUGUCUUCAGUUACAAUGAAUAAGGAUGAACUAAUAGAUUUGGUCUUUAGUAUUCCUGCUAUAUGGGAUAAGCGACAUAAACAACAUCACAACAGGCAUGUUCUGGCAAGGGAGUGGAAGAAAAUAGCAGCAACAUUUAAAGUGACAGAAGCAGAAGCACGAAAAUAUUGGAAAAAUAUAAGACAAGAAUAUGGGAAACAAAUAAAGAAAAUUCAGGGUCGGUCAGGAGAUGGGGCGGAAAAUGAAAUUGUUUGCCAGUGGCCUUAUUUUGAAAAAUUACAUUUUCUGCGCGAUCAGUUCACGCCUCGUCACUCAUCUACAAAUUUAAUGCACGAAACACAGGAUUCAGAGUAUUCAAAUGUGGAGGAAUCUAAUAGUGACGCUGAACAGACAAAUGUGAUGAGUCCUAGUUCAGAAUCACAUCAAGAUGUGGUUGCACCUGUAAAUCAGGCUUCUUCAGGUUCAAAAUACUCUAUAUCUCGAACAGGUUAUAAACGGCGACUAACGCCACAAAUAGAAAUUGGGAGACAGCUAGUUGAUAUUGAAAAAGAAAAACUAGCCUUACGGACGAAUAAAAUAUCCCGGGACCCCAAUGAUGAAGAUAUAGGCUUUUUCAAUUCCCUUCUCCCUUACGUGAAAAAAUUGGCUCCUCGAGAUAAAUUAAAAUUCCGGAUGGAUAUGCAGAACCAUUUAUUUGGAAUACUCUAUCCUUCGAAUCAGGCCCAUACUACAACUCAAAUAGAACACGCCCCACAUACCCAAUCUGGUCUUUCUCGGUGUGAACCACACUGGAAUACGCAGUCUUUUCUGCCGUAUGAAUUACCCUCCUCCAUACCCACGGAUCAGACCUCAGCAGAUUUAGAAUCUUCGAAUAACUAUACACGUUUAAUUUAAACUAAAUUGCAAUAAUUAAUAAUGUUAAUCAAAAAUGUUAAUUAAAAAUAUAUUUUCACUUACCUUAUUGUCACUACUAGUUUUUCUUCAGCUAAAAUCGGGUUCGUAUGAUAGUUAUUAUAAUUGCAACGUUCAAUUUUCAUUUUUAUGUUGUCAUAUAUAUACUGGAAUGAAUCUAGACUCAUUCUCAUAUAGGCAUGAAAUCUGCCAGAAUGAUUUCGAAGCUCUUUAAACAAGUGAUGGUAUUCCCCCAGGUAUUGUCUUCUUUGGUUUAUAGGAUGGGCACUAAACCUGCGAUUUGAAGAAUUACAUAUCAUCCACCACUUUUCUCCUGCAGACAUGCAAUCACUAUCAUCACUACUGUUGCUUCUGUACAUUAUUAAAUAUUCAAUGAAAAAACUUCCGGAUUACGUCAGCCUCUUCUAAAACCUCAAAUAAUACUAAAAAGCUGAAAGCUUUGACUGAAAGGAAAGCAUCUUUGACAUGUACAGCCAGGCAUCGAUGUAAACCUCG